ACAGACUUUUUCCGAAUUUUAAAGUUUUGUUUUUCUUCUUUUUGAUUAGGAAACUGUUCAAAUUGGGAUCUGUCCGAUCCUUCCCACUUGUCUGCUUCCUACCUAUUCCUCCCCCUCCAGUCCGGGUACUGGGCCAGUCCAUCAGAUUGGCCCUCGAGUGACUCUUCAGACUUCGGGCACAGCAGUGCAUGACACUGCUCGCUCGAUCACAGACCAAGGCCAUGGACCGGAAGGCGGGAGAAUCCCUCCUGGCCUAUGAGGAACGCCUGGCGGCAUUCAUUCAGGAGGCCAAUGAUAGGGCCGCCGCCGCGGCCAAGGAACGUAAUCGGCUCGAACAAGAGGAGGAGGCCAAGCAACAGAAGGAGGAACAGGACCGACUUCGUCAAGAAGAGGCAGACCUGCAGGCGGCAGCCGAACACCGGUCACGCCAGCGGGAACGACUGUUCACGCGGGAGACCGUGAUCGGCGAUGAGGCUGCACAAUGGGUGGAAGUGACAUCUGCAGACGGGGCCCCGAAGACUGAGAAAGGGUUGUCAGCCCUUGCGCAGGUCUCCCACGACCUCGUGGCCACCUGCGCUCUGCAAAUCCUUCACCUGCAGCAGACCGUGGACCAGAUGCUCGCACGGCUGCAAGCGUUGGAGAAACAGCCAGCUGCUGUAGCAGCCGCAGGGCCUUCCACCCUUGCCACCCGUGUGCAAGUUUUGGAGGAUGACGUCAGCAACAUCAAACGUGUGCAUCGGGACUUCCGGACGUCGAGACGCAGGCUCGACAUGCACCAUGUCCCGAACAACGAUCGACAUCCGUGCUUGUACCACCGAUCUGGUGGUGCAUGUCAAGCAUGGUUGGACAACAUCUUGACCAGCCACGGCGUAGCAGUGUCGGAACUGCACACCAAGCUCACUUGGCAAGAGUUGACUGAUGCCUGGCACAAGCGAUUCCAAGUGGAGCCGCCCGACCUGCAAGCGAUGGACAAGCUCAACAAGCUCCAUCAGAACACGCUGCUCAGUCAGGACUGGAUUAUCGAGUUCCAAAGACUUGCCUCCACACCUGACCUGCCGCUUGCUUUCCGCGCCAUUAAGCACUUGUUUAUCAUGCGCUCGUGUCCAGCUUUGCAAAACGCGCUGACGCAAAUUGCAGAGACACUCGACACAUCCGACAAGCUUUUCAGUACCGCGGCACGGAUCAUUCUCACGAAUAUCGAAGCCCGCAACGCCGGCCGAUCUUCCGCGACGACGAGCGGCACCUAGCCCAAGCCAAAGGUGGCUUGCAUUACUUCUACCGAGGCUGCAACACCAAAC